AUGGAUCUUGAAAGCACCAAGGACAAGUUUGGACCAAUCGUAGAGCAGGAGGUCACAAAGGAGAUCUUCCCGCUCAUCUCGAAAGCCCGCCGUAACAUCCUCGGCCGUUGGGCCAAGUCGGAGGACUUUGAACUCGAUUGGGAGUUACUUAAAGCUCCUAUCUUCUCGGAAGUGGAGGUGCCAGAUGAAGUGUCCCAAGAAAUCUUCAAACAUCGGCGUCAGGUCGAUCCUGGUCGUACUGAAAGGGCCAAGGGGUUAGAGGCCUUGGAAAAGGAUAUGGAACAAGCUAUCAAGGUCGUUGACAAAGACGAACCAGCCGAACGACUGAUCCCAUUUCUCAAGACCCAUUGGCGGAUGAGAGAUGGUGAGAUCGAAGACUGGAAGUACAUGGCGAACUCGGUUUGUCACACAGCGAAGGAGGCCGGUCACCCCCUUAAUACGACAGACCAAGACAAAUGGAGCAACGAUGACUGGGAUUCACUUCUGCGCCUGGCCCGUCACCGAGGUGGAAAAGCUCUGGUGGCACUUUUGAACCUGGAACGUUGCAAUCCAGACCCGACCUUUUUGGGCCGCCGGGACGGCUGGUAUAAGGCAACUCUGCCCGACCAACAGUACGAAGAAUGGAGCGACCAGUUCCCCUUCGGAGAGGAACCUCAGUCCGACGAGGAUGAUUCGGAAUCUAGUGAGGAGGAAUCUGAGUCCGACGAAGAGUGA